AUGGCUAACCGUCCUUCACAACGAAAGGGCAAGGCUGCCGUCCCCAAACCAGCAAGGGGGUCGGGACUAAACCCAUCAGGACUUCCAGCCGCUGAUCAACUCAACAUUCCAGCUGAACAACCUUCUGUGCCAGCAUUCGGUUUCAAUCCACAUGAAGACAGUAUGCAGUGGCAAAGUGGGGGCCCAGAUCAACACUCUUUCCGUGGACUCACGCACUAUGACGACUCGCACGCAUCUGGCUCUACGUCCUUCGGCGCGCAAUUCGCACAGCCUCAACCAUCACACGAAGACCAUUUCACGCAGUCACAACCCCCUCACGACGACAAUACUACAUCCUACGACGGGUACCCUUACGACCAGGACGGAUUUGGAGACACGGGGGACCGGCCGCACGGCGGCCCGUCCUUCACCAACCCCCAACCCAAUUUUUCGUAUGACGGCUCGUCCUUCACCAACCCCCAACCCAAUCUGUCGCAGCCCCAAUACGAUGGCACGUCCUAUGAUGGGUACCCUUACGACCAAGACAGAUUCGGAGACACGGGGGACCAGCCGUACGAUGGCCCAUCCUCAUCCAACUUAGGAACAUCCGGGGGUGCCCACGUGCACGGAACACCCUUACCACAAUGGGUCGACGAAGCCCCUGAUGGAGGAGCCGCUAUGAUAGACCGAGGGGCGGGCUUUAUGCCCCCGGCUACCAAUCUAGCUCUUUUACGGCGAGGGGAGAUUCCUCGAGAAGAGGUUGUCCAUGGGCCGGCACGUACUACGAAGAAACGCAGUACCAGGGCCAACCUACCUGCAACCCCAUACUUCGUCCCGCAAGCCCCCCGCAGCACCACCGAACCGCAGACACGCACAGCGGCACACACGACGGCACCACAAACACCCGUCGUCGCCGAACCUUCAACGCCGACAUUGAAGACGGUACGGGUGUCAAACGAAGACAUCAACGACGCUGUGAAGGGGGGGAAAGUUUUAAUUGGGCGGGUGAUGUUUACCAAACAUGCGAUGACGCAGAAGCGGAAAAAACGCGUCACUCAAUUCGAGGACGCAAUCAAAGACUCGACGCCUCGUUGUUUGGAAGCUGAUGUUGUCAUUGAAAACUUUAUAACUAAUGCCCAUCGGAGACAAGUGUUGAACGCGUUGUCCAGUAUACGCGGGAAAAUCGCUCAAUUUGCGCGCGACGGGAGCACCGUCACAGCAGCACAAAGGCAUCGCAUCGCAAUGGUGAACAAACUCAUACGGGGCAUUGAUCCCCUACUCUUCAUGCAUGCAUAUUCUGUGGACGAGCACGGGAAUAUCACCAUUGAUGCCAAAUUUCAAAAUGCGUUUAUCAUGGCCGGCGUCGUUCGUUUUGUGUGGCGCGAGGGCCGCGAAGCCUUUCUCGGUGCCUCGCCACUGAAGGCCAUCAAAUAUGUGAUGGCCUCAGUUGGCAGUGGUACUCACUGUGCAUUGCAGGAACAGCGCUCCGCUGUUAUCACCGUCGACGCUUUUGGUGGUCAACACCACGAAGAAAAAUUCAAGGAGAUCGUGCAAGUGUUCGAUGACCUCACGGACGAAGAAAAACUCGAGUUAGAAAGUUAUUUGCAGUACGUGCUGGAUGUUGGACCAUUGCAGGCAGGCAAUGGAGAGAGCUCGUCCGAUUCUGAAUAAUAUUUUACUACGUAUAUAGCUUGUUCGUUGUAGUAUAGUGUAAUCAAAAUUAUCAUUGGAUGCUCUUGAUCAUAUCAGUACUAGAUGCUGUUGAUAAUCGACGCGAUACAACGAG